GAGUAAACCCGUCUGCUGAUGGAGGUGACAUCUCCUCUCCCUCCUGCUCCGUUUCCCUGGCAACACACAGAGAGCGUCGGCCGCUGUGUAGCAGAUGGAGAGGAAGAUGGAGGAGAACACUGCUAGAGACGUCGAGACUGGCAGUGAGGCUGGAGGAGAGGAUGCCUUGGUGGGGAACGUGAACAAGCUGAUGGUGAGUCCUCCAGGAUACACAGGAGUUCCACGAAAAGGACACCUUGUGUUUGAUGCCUGCUUCGAGAGUGGGAACCUGGGCCGCGUUGACUACAUCAGUGAGUUUGAGUUCGACCUCUUCAUCCGUCCUGACACCUGCAACCCCCGCUUCAGAGUGUGGUUCAACUUCACCGUGGAGAACGUCCGGGAGACACAGAGGGUGAUAUUCAACAUCGUCAACUUCUCCAAGACCAAGAGCCUGUACAGAGAUGGCAUGUCUCCCGUUGUCAAGUCCACCAGCAGGCCAAAAUGGCAGAGGCUCCCAGCCAAGAACGUGUAUUACUACCGUUGCCCUGACCACCGACGCAACUAUGUCAUGUCUUUCGCCUUCUGCUUUGACCGAGAGGACGACGUAUACCAGUUCGCCUACUGCUACCCCUAUACCUACUCCAGACUGCAGCAUUACCUGGCCAGCUUGGAGCGCAGGAACCUGCCUUACCUGCAGAGGGAACAGCUGGGACUCAGUGUGCAACAAAGGCGUCUAGACCUGCUGACCAUCACCAACUCUGACCGCCAGAGUCCAGAGAGGGAGAAGAAGCUGGUCUUCCUCACAGCUCGUGUUCAUCCUGGAGAGUCUCCUGCUUCUUUUGUUUGUCAAGGUGUGAUUGACUUCCUGGUGAGCCAGCAUCCCGUCGCUCAGAUCCUCAGAGAUCAUGUGAUCUUCAAAAUCGUCCCCAUGCUGAACCCCGAUGGCGUCUACUUGGGCAACUACAGGUGUUCUCUGAUGGGCUUCGACCUGAAUCGCCACUGGCAGGAUCCCUCUCCAUGGGCUCACCCGACGCUGCACGCUGUUAAACAACUCAUAGUGCAGAUGAACCAAGACCCGAGGGUGAGUUUGGAGUUCUACAUUGAUGUCCAUGCCCACUCCACCAUGCUGAACGGCUUCAUGUAUGGCAACGUGUUCGAGGACGAGGAGCGCGUCCAGAGACAAGCCGUCUUCCCCAGACUGCUGUGCCAAAACGCACCAGACUUCUCCUUUUCCAACACUUCCUUUAACCGUGACGUGGUGAAGGCCGGUACCGGUAGACGUUUCCUCGGCGGUCUCCUUGACGACACGUCCUACUGCUACACUCUGGAGGUGUCCUUCUACAGCUACAUGACAGCUGGCAGCACCGCCACCGUGCCCUACACCGAGGAGACGUACACAAAGCUGGGCCGAAACGUGGCUCGAACCUUCCUGGACUACUACAAACAGAACAACUUCAUCAAGGACAACCGACCGACUCACAUUCAAAGCUCGGAGGCGACGUCCCAGACGGGCAGCGGUAACGGGAAGGUCGGCAUCGUUGGCAGAGACUCGUCGGACAGAGAGAAGGAGAGGAGUGUCAGACACUAGACGGACAGACGGACUCAGGCUGAGCAUGUGUAAAAUGCAGAGCGCCGUGGCAGGAGGAUCCUUCAUGCUUCAUCGCAUUUAUAAGCUCCACAUCUCCGCAGCUAUAAAGACUUAUUUUCACUGAUUUGUAACAGUGGCAUGGCUGCUACUCGCAGGACCGAACAGGUUUCCUCCUGGGUUGUUUAGUGACUAUGAAACGUGGAGUACUGAAACACAGAAAGGAGACGGACUGCUUAUCCAUCUGAACUCCAUCCGAGGCCUUCAGUUGGCAUUUUUGUUGUAAAAAAAAUGCAUGUUUCUUCAGUCUUAGUGACUUAUUCAAUGCCGUUAUUGUGUUAUUUGCUCUGUUUUAUAUUAUAUUCAACCAUUAAACAAUUAAGCACUUAA